AUGCUAGACAUCGAGUGCUUCUCCUUUCUCAACCGUGCAUUGGAGAAUGAGAUGGCCCCAAUACUGGUUAUCGCAACAAAUCGUGGGAUCACGACUAUCCGCGGAACUAACUACCGGUCGCCUCAUGGAAUCCCAGCCGAUUUCUUAGACCGCCUCCUCAUCAUAACCACUCAGCCAUAUACAGAGGAAGAAAUCGGCAAGAUUAUCGAGAUCAGGUGCGGAGAAGAAGAGGUGGAGUUGUCCAAGGACGCAAAGCUCUUGCUGACAAAGAUUGGGGUGGAGACGUCGUUGAGGUACGCCAUCCACCUUAUCACAGUGGCUGCACUGGCUUGUCAGAAGCGGAAGGGGAAGACAGUAGAGAUGGAAGACAUAAGCAGGGUGUAUCAGUUGUUUCUGGAUGUGAAGAGAUCAACUCAGUAUCUAAUGGAAUAUCAGAACCAGUACAUGUUUAAUGAAGUGCCCAAGGCGGGCGACGAAGAUGAAACUAUGCAGUCUUGA